AGUCGGCUGAGGUGUUGACGAUUCUGUUGGCUCCCAGUGCUGCUGCUGAGCAGAAGGACCGAAGGGGCCGGGCCCACAGUGGAGAAAUGGCGAGUAUGGUCACCGAGAACGGGCGUGGAGCGGCAGCGCAGACCGCACAGCCGGAGGGACCGAGCCGGGGCGCGGUCAGAUGGGGUCCACAACACGCCGGUGCCCGAGAACUGGCCAGCCUGUACUCGCCAGGCAAAAGAUGCCAAGAGUGGAUCAGUGUCAUCCUCUGCUUCUCCCUCAUGGUCUUUAACUUCAUUCACCUUCUUGCCAAUUUCCACCUGGGACAUGUGUGGUACAUACAGCUGGGCAUCGUGGCAGGAAUACUCACGGCUGACUUUGCGUCAGGACUUGUUCACUGGGGGGCUGACACGUGGGGAUCAGUGGAUCUACCCAUCUUUGGGAAGGCUUUUAUACGCCCGUUCAGAGAGCACCACAUUGACCCCACAGCCAUCACCCGUCACGACUUCAUCGAGACCAACGGGGAUAACUGCAUGCUGACCAUAUUCCCCCUUGCAAACAUGGCCUUCAGCUUUCUCACCCUGUCGCCCGCGGAGAUUUACCACGUCUACCCCUUGUAUUGCUACCUGUAUGCGUUGGGCAUCUUUGUGACGCUCACCAACCAGAUUCACAAGUGGUCGCACACGUACUUCGGCCUUCCUCGAUGGGUUGUGUUCCUGCAGGACUGGCACAUCAUCCUUCCUCGCAAGCACCACCGCAUCCAUCACGUCUCGCCUCAUGAGACGUACUUCUGCAUUACCACAGGUUGGCUAAACUACCCUCUGGAGAAGCUGGGUUUCUGGAGAACCUUGGAGGACCUCAUCACGAGCAUGACAGGAGAGAAGCCCAGGGCAGACGACUUAAAAUGGGCUACAAAAGGGCAUUAACUCUGGAGGCUAACAGCACCCUACCUCAGAAACCUCUGGCUUCUCGUCUCAUUUUCUUGCCUCAUUUUAAAAGCUGCAGUUCACAGAACGAGCAUCUAACAGCUUCUGACGCCAUAGCUUUAAGUCUUGCACUUUUUUUUUUUGUUUUCCUCUUUCACAAAGCGAGGGCUCUGUUUCUGGGACUUUUAAUAGCUCCAUCCGCAGAGAUACACUUUCCAAACUGCAAUAUAUAUAUAUACGUUUUUUUAAUCCUAACACAGCUCAUCACUUCCCAAAGGAGGUGAAACCAUUACUCUGAUCUCAGAACAUGUUUAAAUGUGUGAGAACCAGCGCUUUGAACAGCAAAUACUUACUUGAUUAAGAAAACUUACAGUUUAUUCACAUUAUCACUGCUUUAUUUUCCUGUUGGAUUCCCAAGCUUUAAAGAAACCGAUUUGAUGUGGGAGUCAUAUAAUCAGUCGUGGGGCUCGGUUUAUGCAGGAUCUCUCUGGAGGCGAUACCAAUGUUUAUAGCUUGUGAUCAAAUUAUGAGUAACUUUUACAUUUGCCGUGUACUCGCACAUUUGGGUUAGGCUCUGCACACUUUUUGAUAGAUUUGUAGAAUAAGUAAAAACUAAAUGAGUUGAAAGUGUUAAGUUAAAAUAAUUGUCCACGGGGAUUUUAAAAUUCCUGUUGUUUCUUGUAAAACAUAGCCAUAUUUAUCAGUAGUUUCCUGAUAGAUCAAUGUGUUACAGAGAGAGAACCAGUGUGAGCAUAGAGCUACUAAAUAAUAAUUAUAAGGAAUGUUGCCAUGAAGCUUUGCAUUGGACUUAGUUUUAGAUUAUUGCUGUCAGCAGUGCAGAUUCUUGGAAAUCAGAAAGUUACACCAUCCUUUCAAUGUUUCAUGUGCUCUGUUGAUCAUCGCGAUCAUGCAUCCUUUAAAUGAACACCGCAUGUUUUAUUUUUUAUUUGCUUUUGUUUGGCUGCAGUUUUGCAGAAGUAGUGGCCCAUGCUGAUUGGUCAAGCUGCCUUAUGUGUCGCAGAUGCAGUACUUUGUGUCUCUUUGUUGCUUUUGCAGCACUUUGGGGGGUGUUGGUGGCAAUAAUGUCCCUCCGGACCUUGUGUCCAUAAUACUCCAACACAAAUGCCUCAAAGUUACUGUGCCAGCUGUUUGUGUGUAUUCUGUCCUUCAGUCUCGUUAGUUUUCUGCUUGUUUCUCAGAAUUAUAUUUCUUAUUGAAGACAUUGCCACCUUGUACCUUCCUGGUACCCGUUCCAAGCAGACUUGGUCAUGUUUUAAGGGCUUUAGAGAAAUCGGGCAACGUCUCUCGCAUAGGAUUAUUUGGUCAAUGUUCUGUUUUCCUUUGUAGUGCAUCUGUGGUUGAGCUCUAAAUGUUUUGGACAGCCAGUAUCUAUGCAUUGUAAUAAGAAGCCCUUAGAUGUCUUAAUUGAGCUUGUUGGGUUCAAUGCCUUUCUUUUUCUUUCUAAUAGUUUACACAUGUUUGCUGAGUUUCAAAGCUGGAGUUAAAAAGCAGCUGCCUGCAUGUUAAAAUUUCACUUUUUAAAGGCUUCACUUGCAGCAGACACAAGAAUGCGUGCAGCUUGGCUGUAUUGUGCGAGCUGCUCACUGGGUCACCGGAGCUCCUUUGUGUGACGCUGACUCAGGAGGAUGGUGUUCUGUUCUUGAUCAAACUGAUUUCAGCCGGUGUUACUAGUUUUGCUUUGUACCUCUGCAGUAAGUCUCUGUUUCUGGGUCAUUUUUUUUCCCUGCACGCAUAAGUUUAUCAGGCUCCAGUUGCACUGGACUGAUCAGUUGUUUACUCGCUUCUUGUUCUUGGUUGAAGGAGAAAGCUGCAGGUGUCUGAUUCACAGAAUAGACGGUCUUUCUUGAAAAUUUGACUUUUCUCCCAGACAGUUUUGAACUUCUCAGUUUAAUUCACAGAUUUAGUUGCACAUGCCUUCUGCAGCCACCCAUUGAGCUACAACACUCCAAUAAAGAUCUAAUCUCCACAACAAACAGGCCCACAAGGUCCUCUGAGAAACACCCUUGACAUUAAGACCUUCAACUUUCUAUAACAGAUGAAUGAAAUUCUCCAUCAAUGUUUCAGGUCUUUUCUCCACAUUAUCCAUCGCUGCUGUGCGUAUUUUGAGGUUUCUCAAGGGCGGACGUUCUUCUGUGAUCGCCAGAAUGGUCAUUGAGGUAUCAAACACAGGAUUAUAGGCAUAGAUCAUUACAUGUGUGUCUUUCUUGUUGCAUAAGUGCUUAAUGUCAUUCACAGCUGCAUCGCCUACUGUAACUGUCUGUGGCCUUUUGGCUGGUUGUUUCUGUGGCAGUUUAGGAGAAAACCUUUUUAGAGGGCAGAUUUUUUUUUUUUUUUAUACCUCUGUCUGUUGUCAGGAGACUGUUUUCUGUGGGUUCAGUCAUUUAGAAAUGAAAUUUACUCUCCAAACUGAAAGAGGGGGGUAAACUAUUCCAUUUGUAGAGUUAAGAAUAUAAUUUGAAAUGUUAAAACUAAUGUUUAAUUUGAGACUGAAUUUUUAUUGGGCAUUGCGGCCAGUUGACUGACGCACACCUCAUUAUUUUUUGAGACCAUGAAUCAAUUCCGCCUUUUGGCUUUUUGUAAUGAAGAAAGAAUUUGUUCUGAUUCUUGGGUUUAAAAUUUAACUGCCUUAUUAUUCCCCUAAAGAUUUACGGUAAAUGUUGCCACCGUAGGGAAAACAGUCUGAGUAUAUAUGACUCACUUUUUUGUUUGUCUGAGUUGGGACCCACAGGGAUGUCUGUGUUGCUUAGAAAUGAAGUUUUAGAUAUCAGAAUAAUGCCUUGAUGCCUUUCUGUUGUCUUCCAUGUGGGAGGCUUGUAAUGUAUAUAUUAAUCUGUAUUUAUAAAUAAACUAACAAACCUAU